GCCCCGCCUCCUGCGCUGUGAGCCCAGGCCCCGCCCCCCGGAGCCUUUAAAAGCGCCCGCGCGCGCGUCACUUUCACGCGACCACAUCUUUGUCAGUGCACAAAAUGGCGCCCUACAGCCUGCUGGUGACCCGGCUGCAGAAGGCGCUGGGCAGUGGGGUCCGGAGGUACCAUGUGGCUCCUGUCCUGUGCCAGCGGGCCAAGGUGGCCAUGAGCCACUUUGAGCCGCAUGCUUACAUCCAGUAUGAGCUCUUGGAGAAGAACAUCGACAUUGUCCGGAAGAGGCUGAACCGGCCACUGACCUUGUCGGAGAAGAUUGUGUAUGGCCACCUGGAUGACCCCUCCAAACAGGAAAUUGAGCGGGGCAAGUCGUACCUGCGGCUGCGGCCAGACCGCGUGGCCAUGCAGGAUGCCACAGCGCAGAUGGCCAUGCUGCAGUUCAUCAGCAGCGGGCUACCCAGGGUGGCCGUGCCAUCCACCAUCCACUGUGACCACCUGAUUGAAGCUCAGGUUGGCGGUGAGAAGGACCUCCGGCGGGCCAAGGACAUUAACCAGGAGGUCUAUAACUUCCUAGCAACAGCGGGCGCCAAGUAUGGGGUGGGCUUCUGGAAGCCAGGCUCAGGAAUCAUCCACCAGAUCAUCCUCGAGAACUACUCAUACCCAGGGGUGCUGCUGAUUGGUACAGAUUCCCACACCCCGAACGGGGGCGGCCUGGGGGGCAUCUGCAUCGGGGUUGGCGGAGCUGAUGCUGUGGACGUGAUGGCGGGCAUCCCCUGGGAGCUGAAGUGCCCCAAGGUGAUUGGUGUGAAGCUGACAGGCGCGCUAUCCGGCUGGUCCUCUCCCAAGGAUGUGAUCCUGAAGGUGGCUGGUGUCCUCACUGUGAAAGGUGGGACUGGAGCCAUUGUUGAGUACCACGGGCCCGGCGUGGACUCCAUCUCCUGCACUGGCAUGGCGACAAUCUGUAAUAUGGGUGCAGAAAUAGGUGCCACCACCUCUGUGUUCCCGUACAACCACAGGAUGAAGAAAUACUUGAGCAAGACUGGUCGUAGCGACAUUGCUAAAUUGGCUGAUGAAUUCAAGGACCACUUGGUGCCUGACCCCGGUUGCCACUAUGACCAAGUGAUUGAAAUUAACCUCAACGAGCUCAAACCCCACAUCAAUGGGCCCUUCACCCCAGACCUGGCCCACCCCGUGGCUGAUGUGGGAGCUGUGGCAGAAAAGGAAGGCUGGCCACUGGACAUCCGAGUGGGGCUGAUCGGCAGCUGCACCAACUCCAGCUACGAGGACAUGGGGCGCUCGGCGGCCGUGGCCCAGCAGGCCCUGGCCCAUGGACUGAAAUGCAAGUCUCAGUUUACCAUCACCCCUGGCUCCGAGCAGAUCCGGGCCACCAUUGAGCGAGAUGGCUACGCAAAGAUCCUUCGUGACGUGGGAGGCAUCGUCUUGGCCAAUGCCUGUGGCCCUUGCAUCGGCCAGUGGGACAGGAAAGACAUCAAGAAGGGCGAGAAGAACACCAUAGUGACCUCCUACAACAGGAACUUCACAGGCCGCAAUGAUGCCAACCCGGAGACCCACGCCUUUGUCACCUCCCCGGAGAUCGUCACAGCCUUGGCCAUUGCUGGCACUCUCAAGUUCAACCCGGAGACAGACUUCCUGACCGGCAAAGAUGGCAAGAAGUUCAAGCUGGAGCCCCCUGACGCGGAUGAGCUUCCCAAAGCGGAAUUUGACCCUGGGCAGGACACCUACCAGCACCCCCCAAAAGACGGCAGUGCCCAGCGCGUGGAUGUGAGCCCCACCAGCCAGCGCCUGCAGCUCUUGGAGCCCUUUGACAAGUGGGACGGCAGAGACCUGGAAGACCUUCAGAUCCUCAUCAAGGUCAAGGGGAAGUGCACCACUGACCACAUCUCUGCCGCUGGCCCCUGGCUCAAGUUCCGGGGCCACCUGGACAACAUUUCCAACAACUUACUGAUCGGUGCCAUCAACAUAGAAAACGGGAAAGCCAAUUCAGUGAGAAACGCCGUGACCCAGGAGUUUGGGCCCGUCCCAGACACUGCCCGCUACUACAAGAAACACGGCAUCAAGUGGGUGGUGAUUGGAGAUGAAAACUACGGGGAAGGGUCCAGCCGGGAGCAUGCAGCCCUGGAGCCCCGGCACCUGGGGGGCCGAGCCAUCAUCACCAAGAGCUUCGCCAGGAUCCACGAAACCAACUUGAAGAAACAAGGUCUGCUGCCUCUGACGUUUGCUGAUCCCGCUGACUACAACAAGAUCCACCCUGUGGACAAGCUGACCAUCCAGGGGCUCAAAGACUUUGCUCCUGGCAAGCCCCUGAAGUGCAUCAUCAAACACCCCAAUGGGAACCAGGAAACCAUCCUCCUGAACCACACCUUCAAUGAGACGCAGAUCGAGUGGUUCCGGGCAGGCAGCGCCCUGAACCGGAUGAAGGAGCUGCAGCAGUGAGGCCCUGGCCCUUCCCCCCUGCCCUGCCCCUGCCCCUGCCUCCCCUUGCCCUCGGACUUCACUUGGGCAUCCCUUGUGGAUGCGCACUUCCAUCUCCCCGUGGGGCCCCCUCCCCAGGGUGCCCUGCUCCCAACACUCCCCGGGGCUGGGCCGGAGCAUCCCCUCCAGCCCCCCCGGGCGCUGUGGGCUGCCCUGCCUGGCUCUUUUUACUUUGGGUCAUCAUCAGACUCCAUCUAAAGAGGUUUGAUCAUUUCACCGGUGGCUGGAGGAUUUUAAAAGAAAGAAAAUCUUUUUUUGUUCUUGCCACAGAAAGUAACAAGAUUCCCAUUCAGUGACUGUU